AGCGUUCGCUUUGCUCAUCACUGAACUGGCCCAAAUUAUGUGGGAAGAAGUCCAAACGCAAAUGAAGAUUCAAUCUUCCAACUCUUUUGACAUAAGAGCCCAAACAGCUAAAAUAAAAAUGGCCAGUUUUAAAUUCGAUAUACGGAGCAUUUUCACUCAACCGAUUGUUAAAAUUUCAUCUAACUUACUGCCUCACACGUUCCGUGGUGAUAGAAGAAUGGCCCUGGAUGUCAGUUCAAAAGUAUCUGAAAUUAUAAACCAUCUGGGAGAACUUUCGGCCGUAGCACAGAAGCUGUCUAAACCCGUCACAUCAUCUCAGAAGUUACGCAUGUCGGAAAGUCAAACAGUUUAUCUUAUUGCAGAUAUAGGUGGAUAUGAUGGAGACGUUGUAGUAGGACUUUUAAAAGUUGGCACCAAAAAUUUAUAUCUGUUUGAUAGUCUGGCUCAGACAAAGAAAGUCGACAAUUCUCCUUGUAUACUAGAUUUUUACGUCCACGAAUCCCGACAGCGCACAGGACUUGGAAAGAAAUUAUUCGACAUUAUGCUGGCUGAGGAAAAUUGGAUUCCAGUUAAAUGCUCCGUUGAUAGACCAUCUGAAAAAUUGUUACAAUUUUUAAAGAAACACUAUGGUCUGGAAAUCAUUAUACCACAGGCAAAUAAAUUUGUGCUCUAUCAGGGAUUUUUCGAUGACGAUACAACUGCGAACAGGGACUGAACGACACUUAUGAACAGCAUGGUCGUGCAAUUUCGUUGGUAAAUUUGGCGCAGGGCAAUGCUUCCCACAUACAGAUGCAAAAACAUGAAG